AUGUCCUCAAUUGGCCGUGGCGCCGCCUUGUUGCGACUGGAUAACCCUAGUCGGAGCUUGACCGUGGCCUUUGCGCUCUGGAAAGCUCUCUUGUUCCUCGUCAUCGUUGCUUGUCCAGGUCCCGGAUACGAUACCUCUACUACCCUCCUCACCAACGAGCAUUCCGGUCUAGCCCCUGACAGCUCGACCACCGCGCUCCCUCUGUCUUUCAAAUUUGCCCGAUGGGAUGCAAUUUAUUUUGUACACUCCGCCGAACAUGGCUACGUGUUUGAGCAGGAGUGGGCUUUUAGUUACCCUCGAGUCCUCGGUUUCUUUCUCUCCGUCUACUUGCAACCCUCGGUCGUUCGUUUUGUUGAUUUGUUAUCACCAGGAAUCCGCCUGUCUGGCGGCCUGAGUGGACCGGUAACGGCAGCUUUGAUCGGCGUGGCCUUGUCUCACGUCGCCCAUUACCUCUCCGUGUUGGCCUUGUAUGGCCUUUCGGCCAAUGUUUUCGGCCAUGAAACUCCCACCCAGAGGCUUAUCUGCUUUUUGUCGGCUGCUCUGCACAUCAUCAGCCCAGCGGGCGCCUUUCUCUCGGCCCCGUACGGAGAAUCGAUAUUUUCAUUCCUGAAUAUCUGGGGCUUCUAUAUCUAUACAUCAUCGCUCAUUGCUGAUCAUAAGGGCGCGGUCCGGUUCCGAGAUAUUCUCGUUCUCGCGGCUGCCGUGCUUUUCGCUCUGGCGACACUCGUCCGCAGCAACGGCAUUUUGAGUGGGUUCUUAUUCGCCUACGAUGCCACCACCUUAGCCUGGUCGACUUUGACAAAGGGACCUUCUAGCCGUACCCUUCGUCGCCUUGCCGUGAUCGUUUUGGGGGGGCUCAAUUGUAGCAUUGGGAAUGGGCGUACCGCAGAUCCUGGCUUACCGCGAGUUCUGCUUACUAGGGGCCAAUUCUCGGCCAUGGUGUAG